UCUCUCUCUCUCUCUCUCUCUCUCUUUCUCUCUCUCUCUCUCUCUCUCUCUCUCUCUCUGCAGUUCUGGUGGGUCGCUGUGUCGAUGAAUCCUCUUUUUUGGCUUCGGAGCUUCGAGCAAGAGAGAAGCCGACGCUGAGCAGCGCUGAGCAGCUUCUAGGAAGCUCACACGGGACAUAAAGACAAGGAGAGGAUAACUCAACGCAGAAGAAGAAGAAGAAGAGAGGAAGGAAAGGGAGGCUGUAGAGAUGGCUGAGGCACCUCAGCAGCAGAAGCAGGAGGAGGUGGUGGAGGACGAGGAGCAGCCGAGCUCUGUGGACGCGACUGAGAACGAUGAUGGGCCAGAGGAACCGAAGGAGAACGCUCAGACCACUCCGACCAGACGACUGCUGUCCAUGAGGUCCAUGGCGUCCAUGAACAGCGUGGACCCGGACGACGACUCGCCCAACAUGAUUGUCUACAGAAAGAUUGAAGAUAUUGUCACUCUAAUCCAGGAUGAGACGGAGGGUGUGCCCAUCAGAACUGUCAAAAGUUUUAUGACCAAAAUCCCCAGUGUUGUGACGGGUUCAGAUAUCGUACAGUGGCUGAUGAAGAACCUUGCCAUCGAGGAUACAGCUGAGGCCAUGCACAUCGGGAGUCUCAUCGCAGCUCAAGGGUACUUCUUCCCCAUCUCCGAUCACGUCCUCUCCCUCAAAGAUGACGGCACUUUCUACCGCUUUCAGGCACCGUACUUUUGGCCGUCCAACUGUUGGGAGCCGGAGAACACAGACUACGCUAUCUACCUGUGCAAGCGGACCAUGCAGAAUAAGACCAGACUGGAGCUGGCAGAUUAUGAGGCGGAGAACCUCGCCAGGCUGCAGAGAGCCUUUGCUAGGAAGUGGGAGUUUAUCUACAUGCAGGCUGAGGCCCAGGUCAAAAUUGACAGGAAAAAGGAUAAAACUGAGAGGAAGAUCCUCGACAGUCAGGAGAGAGCCUUCUGGGACGUCCACAGACCCGUGCCUGGAUGUGUUAACACGACAGAGAUGGACAUCAGGAAAUGCAGACGCAUGAAGAACCCUCAUAGAGUUAAAAAGUCAGUGUACGGUGUGACGGAGGAGGGAACACAGUCUCAGAGUCCCAUACACACUCCCUCGCACCACUGCAGGAAAGGGACCAAGGAGGACGUGGAGAAAGAGAUCGUAUUCCUGAACACACAGCUAGAUCGUCACUGUAUGAAGAUGUCCAAAGUUGCUGAUAGUCUGAUAAGCUACACAGAGCAGUUCAUGGAGUACGACCCAUUUGUGACAGCAAUGGAACCUUCUAACCCAUGGACCAGUGAUGAUCCAUCCCUCUGGGAUCUGGAGACCAGUAAGGAGCCCAGUCAGCAGCGGGUGAAGAAGUGGGGAUUCUCUCUGGACGAGGCUUUGAAGGACCCGGCAGGACAGGAUCUCUUCCUCAAGUUCCUCGAGUCAGAGUUCAGCUCAGAAAACUUGCGGUUCUGGUUGGCGGUGCAGGACCUGAAGAGGAUGCCUCAGCAGGACGUGGCUCAGAGGGCGCAGGACAUUUGGACAGAGUUCCUGGCAGAGGGAGCACCCAGCUCCAUCAACCUGGACUCCCACAGCUACGAACGCACGAGCCAGAACCUGAAAGACCCCGGACGAUACAGCUAUGAGGACGCACAGGACCACAUCUACAAGCUGAUGAAAAGUGACAGCUACGCUCGCUUCCUGCGCUCCAACAUCUACCAGGACCUGCUGAUGGCCAGGAAGAAACCUGAGACGGAGCAGGGCAGACGCACCUCCCUGGAGAAGUUCACUCGCAGUGUGGGAAAGUCACUGACGGGCAAAAGGCUGACGGGGCUCAUGCAGUCGUCCUGACAAGGCCUGGAUCCAGAGUAGGAGGAACCAUACCCAGAAGAGCUGCUCCCCCCCCCUCCCCCCCCCC